AUGUCGCAAUAUCAGCAAGUUGCAGUGCGAAAACGAGGAAGACCUCGGAAGAUCAAUGUUCAAGAGCAGAGUAUACCCAACAACUCUGACGACGAAAUGUACGACCAAGCCAUCCCAGCAGUCCGCACAGCUUCUGGCGAGCUUCUUGACUUGGCCACCGAAUCAAUCUCAGAUGUCGAUGAGCCAGCACCAUCUAUUCCCAGCAAGCCCAAGCGUAGUCAGGGUGCAUCCGCAAAGCUUCAUGAUGCAAUGGAGCGGCUUCCGAGCCUUCGCAAACAACUCACCCAAAGCUUGCAUGGAAAUCCGUGUAUCGGUCGCCUAUGCCAAUGCGGAGAGCCCGGUCUCUUUACAUGUACGCAAUGUGUGGGUCGGCAGAUGCUCUGCAAGGCGUGUGUUGUACACCAACAUAUCCGUCACCCAUUUCAUCGCAUCUUCGAAUGGAAACAGGACACAUAUGGUGCUGCAUUCAGUCCCGUCUCUCUUAUUGACCUUGGGCUUGUCUGGAGCGCCUGUAUGAAUGGAUUUUCUCCGUGUCCUUAUGCGCCAGAUGAUCAUAUACCCCCCUCGAAACUAACCGUCGCUGCUGUCAAUGGCCUUCAUCUUGUCGCCCUGUAUGAGCGAUGGGAACAGCUUAUUCAACUACGCUUAUUUCCGGCGACAUUUGCACUCCCCAGAACGGCAUUCGACUUCGAUGCUCUGGAGCAGUUCCAUGUCCAGUCGCUCACCUCUAAAAUCACUGCCUACGACUACAUUCGCUCACUCGAAAAGCUUACUGAUGUGGCAUUUCCUCAUGAUGUCACCGACCGGUAUCGAGAAUUUGCGAGAUCAUUCCGAAUAUGGCGAUUCUUGACUCUAGAACGACGCUCAGGCCAGGAACAUGGAAUCGAUGAACAUGUUCCCCACCGAACAGGUGGUGGUCUUGCGGUUCGCUGUCCAGCUUGCCCAGAAAUUGAGUUCAAUAUCUCGGAACAAGAGAUCGAAGCACUUCCAGAUGAACUCAAGUAUACGAGCCGUCUUGUUCUAUCUGCAGACGCGAAUUUCAAAGCACAGCGUAAAAACAAGAAGACCAAGGAAGACUCUGCCGAUGUCGCACUCAAUGGUGGACAUGCAUUCUUCCCGGACGACAAGCUUUUUGGAGAAUAUCUCAAGGCCGCCACGUCCGCCAAGGCCCGAGAUCCAAAUCCAGAGCCUGAAGGCAUUAUCUGCAACCAUUUCAACGCAAAAACGCUGCAGAACAUGGCAAAAUUCAAGAAUGUUGUCAUCUCUGGUGUUGUCGCUAUUCAGUGUGCUCGACAUGGAUUUUUCCUUCCUGGUGCUAUGGUUGAUCUCACAAAGGGAGAGGCGUAUGCAAAUACUGACUUCACUCUCUGUGGAGUCAUUGCCGAAAAUCAUAGGAACAAGAACAUUGUCGUCACGUACGAUAUCUGGUGUCAAUAUGGGAUUAAUCUCCCCAAACGUGUUGAAAAAUUCUUUCGAACACUCUCACCGGUGGCGAAACUUCUUUUUCGUACUAAGGAGCAAAAUCAUGGGAAUCGGCAUGAUUCUCUUGACGAAGCCUGCAACAAUUGGAACUGGGAUAAGUUCAUUCGCCUCGCCGAAACCCUUUCACGACUGUACUGCGAUGCAAGGCUCCAGCUACGAAAACGUGAGGACGAUUACAACGGCCAUCGGAGCACGAUUUCUGCCAAGAAGUUAGCAGAAUGGGAUGCACUUGCUGUGAAGAACACCUUUGAUGCCAACGGAAAGGUGGUUGACUGUCCCUUUGAGCUUAAGCUGAAGAAUGGGCCACCGACUCACCAGGCCGCAUACAAGAAGUUGAUUGAGGAAGAAAUAUCCAACGAAAAGCGACGACUUGGCUCCUUCGAGGGUGACUCAGCAAUUAUCGCUGUCGGUCUUGCGAUUGAAAAAGACCAAUGCUCUGUGGCUCGACUAGUUGCUGCCAAACACAUGGACCAAGAGGAACUCAUUUCAACCAGACGAAAUCAACUUGUUGCCAAGCUGAAUGACUUCCGUCAAAUCCUUUGUGAACGCGUUCCACUACUCAAGUCCCUACUGGAGAGCGUAAUAGCCCAGAAGCCAGAGACAGCACGUCUGUUCCUACCGUCCGAGUUCUCUUGUAUUCAACAAGAUGAAUACGAUUUAUCGGCUUUGGCAUUCACCGAAUACGCAUUGAGAGAGGGAAUGGCUCAUGAUCUACUACAGGACAUUCGUAACGCCAUCUGCGCCUUCAAUAUCACCAUCGCCUUCAAAAAAGCCAACAUCCACGGUACUGGCGCAAAUACUCGAGCACAAACAUAUGCAAUGGUACAGUACAACGACAUUCGGAUUCUUGCCACAGGAUAUAAGGUCCAACGCGAGGCACUGAUGAAGCUAGGGCUUCCUGCCAAUGACCCGGUGCUCCAACCCUUGCUGAAGAAACAUCUGCGGGGGGAAAGACGGCCAAGCGCUCAAAGCUGGACAAUCACGGGAAGUCGAAUCAUGGAUUUGGAGGGUCGGGCGUCCACAGGGGAUACAGUCCGCUGCUUAUCGAUAUUUAUAGUGGACCGGAUGCGAUACUUCCGCUUACGGGCAUCAGUUGACCGUGCUACGGAGGAGACCCACAUACUGGACGCCGAAUUCAAGCGUUGCAAACGAGCAUUCACGCGGUACACAGACAUAUGGGCAACAUUGGCGAAAACCCAUAAGGACGGGGAAAUGGGGAAGUCUGCUUACGCCACAAAGCAAGCACGAAUGUUCGCGAAGUUUGCAGAUCGUAUCACGGGAGCGUGGUCUUCGUUAGAUGAGGUAUAUGCGAGUGCCUUGAAGCGUCAGGAGAAGCGGGACGCAGAGCAAGCCGCCAAAGACGAACAGGAAGCCAAGCACGAUAUAGAGAAGGGCGACGAGGAGUUGUUUGAGGUCGAGUUAGUCCGAGACUUGCACACAACAUAG